AUGCUCAGGAUGACAGAGACCAGUAUGGUAUUGACUGUCUUUGUCUUGCUUCUUCACACCACUUUUGGGGAAAGUGGUUGCACUUCAGCAGAUGGUGAUGGGACUUACGGAGAUGAUGAAUCAGACAAUUUUGAUGUUGACUGCUUCAGCCAGCUGGAAUUUCAGAGUUCCUAUAGCAGGCUGACCUGCAAUUUCACCGAGCUCCCUCCUCACAACACUAACUACACCCUGGCCCUGUGUAGCAAGGAAGACAGAAGUUAUGUGUGCUUCAAGAUGGAGAAACAGGAAGAUGGGUAUUUCUUACAAUUCACUGAUAUACUCUCAAAUAAAUACAUUUGCAUGGACUCUGAGAUGAAGAAAAGGAUGUGCAGGAGUCUGGUUGUAACCGACAUUGUUAAGCCUGAAGUACCAUUUGGUAUAAAUAUCACGUACCAAAAGGAGGCAAAUGAAUAUCUGAUUCGUUAUAGUACACCACACUCAUGGAAAAAAUACUUAAAGGACAGACUAAGACACCAAGUAGCCUAUCGGCAGGAAGAAGGUACUUGGAAGACAAUAGAGUCGCCAUUCCUUCAGGUAAAAUUACUUGGGAAAAACCUCAAAAAUGAUGCAUCAUAUGAGGUGAAAGUACGUUCGCAGCCCAACGGAGAUUAUUUUAAGGGUCCUUGGAGCGAAUGGAGCACUUCUGAGAGCUUCAGGACUGCAAGGGAGCAACACUCCACAGAGAGCUAUAGUAGCAUGGCUGUGGUCGUACUCUCCAUCCUGGGAUUCAUGUUCUCAAUUGUCAUGAUUGUCCUGAUGAUCACUUUUUGGGAUAACAGGAUCAAGCCUGCUGUGUGGCCAAACCUUCCUGACCAUAAAAAAACACUGGAGCAACUAUGCAAGAAGCCAAAAAGUAAUUUUGAUAUAACCUUUAACCCAGAGAGUUUUGGUUACGUUCAUAUCCAUAAAGUGGAAGGUAUUAGAUCAAAAGCUGAACUGGAAAAUUUCCUGCAGCCAUCAACUGCUCCAGAGACAAACCUGCCAGAAAAAUUGAGUGGAUCAGACCUGAAGAUGAUUUCUGUGCUGACAGACAAAAGCAACCCAAACAUGUCUGUGGCUUAUGGAGGAAUCUGGCCAGCUGAAACCCAGUGCAGACUGCUUGGCACCAGCCAGUUUGCAGUCACUGAAGGAAACCUUGGCUCCAGCACAUAUGAGGUGUGCCACAGAAACAGGGUGCUCCAGUGCAGUGAUGAUUCCAACCUUUCCUCUGCUCACUCCCUGGAUCCCUUGGGCCAGCCUGGACCUGAGCCCCUAAAUGGUGACACCGUAUCCCAGACGCUGCCUACCAGUGAAAUGAGGUCACCAAGCAAUGAGGAUGCCUAUGUAACAAUGUCUAGCUUCUACAAAAUUCAGUAAACCUUACAGGAAUGACAGCAUACCAUUUUUUUCUCUAACACAAGCAAGACACUGAAGCCUUCUGUUUUGUUUUCCUGCAUCUUGUGAGCUCCCA